UACCUGGGGCAGCCAGAACUUAAUUGUUGGUGGGGACUUCAACUUAGUGGUCGACCCAUCCAUGGACAGGUCAAGGGUGUUCUGCGUCUUCAACUGGUCAUGGAUCCAACACUAAAUCAAUCAAGGAGAUUCGUACCUGGGCAGUCAGAUGAAACAUUGGACACAAUGACCAUUGAAAUGCCUGCUCUGGGACGCCCAUUUUCCCUUGGGAUGCUGUAUGAUAGCUGGGCUGAUAAACUCAUUCCAGGUAUAUCAUUAUGGAACAAUGAGGCAUUGAGAAAGAAUGUGAAUUCAGAACUUCAAGAGAACACCUCUAUUGAUUUCAUAGCUUCAGACACCGUUUCUGACAAAUCAUCAGCUCUAAAUAUCAAUGGUUCCUUAAAAGUCAGUAUCCUCUGUGGAAUGAUAGAUGUUGGUGGAUCUGCAAGUUACCUAAAAGACAGUAAGACAUCUAAGGACCAAGCCAGAGUCACCCUACAGUACUCAAGGACCACACAGUUUAAACAGCUGAGCAUGGACCAUUUAGGUUCUCAGAACAUGACUUAUCAUAAUGUGUUUGACAAAGGGACAGCCACCCAUGUGGUCACUGCUAUUUUAUAUGGUGCACAAGCCUUCUUUACAUUUGAUUGUGAGAUGUCUACAUCAGAAAACACUAAAAAUAUACAGGGACAUUUCCAUGCCAUGAUUAAAAAAAUACCCAAAGUUUCAGUUGGAAUAGAGGGAAAUCUAAUACUAAAUGAUAAAGAAAAGGAAGAUGUUAAAAAAUUUAGCUGUAAGUUUCAUGGAGACUUCGCCCUGGAGAAAAAUCCGGUCACAUAUGAAGAUGCCAUAAAGAUUUACACCAACCUCCCAAAACUGCUAGGAGAGAAAGGGGAAAAGGCUGUACCUGUGAAAGUCUGGCUGUAUCCACUGUGUAAACUGGACAGUAGAGCCGCCCAGUUGGUUAGAGACAUUAGUGCUGAUCUCGUUUUCAGGACAGAAAAGGUGAUACAGCAAAUGAUAGAUGUUACCAUACACUGUAAUGAUCUGAUGAGACAUCUGGCUGCAGAGACCUUUCCAGACAUCAAGAGUAACAUCAUUCAGCUCAAAGAGCAGUGUGAUCUAUUUACUCUCACAUUCAAGAAGCAGCUUGCACAGACCUUACCCGCUAUCCGUGGUGGGACAGCAGAGGAAGCUGCACUUGCUGAUAAUUUACUUAGUAUAAAACAAUCUCCAUUUGAGAAUUUCCACAUUGCAAAAUUUUUGAGCAGAAAACAACAGGAAAUGGAUGCUGUAAAUUCUUAUCUGAAAGUGCUGAACAAUAUCAAAGUAUUACCAACUGAGAGUGACAUUAAUGGAGUCAUUCUGGACCCUAUGAUUGAAUACGUUGUGUGUUACAAUUUUACAUCAUUAAAUGAGGAGGAGCCAUAUCUUUUGGAAAUGUGUAAUUGGCUCCAAACUCCUGUACACAGUGUCUAUGAGAGUACAAACUUCUCACCAUGGUUCAAUGACAAAAAUGUUUCUAAAAUGGCCAGGAAAUGUGUGAGAGCUUUUCAAGAUUUUGCUGAGACCAAUGCAUCCAAUGAGGAGACUAAAUUCAUUAUCUCAUCUGUCCCAGACCAGAAUAAUCCUGGAGUCUCUAUUUACCUGUAUGAAGGUGGGGAAUUGGUGAGUACAAAGUUCGAGCCUCCAACUAAACCUAACCCCCUAGUUAUCAGAGGUAGAACCCAUAAUAGUAUGGAGCUCAUCCUCAGUCCUGCAGACUUUGGGAAAGAGUUCAUAGAGGGAUACAAAAUAGAGUAUAGAUCUACUGAGGAGGAGAACUGGUCACAUUUUAUAACAAAUUAUAAAGCUGAGAAGAUCACAGUUACAGGACUAAAACCUAAUACAAAGUAUCAGUUCAGAUACUCUGCAGUGUGUAAACCAGGACUCAGUGCAGUCAGUGACAUUAAAGAUGAGAAAACCCGUCCCACUAGUCCACCAGAAGCUAUAAAUGUCACUACGGAACCCUCCUAUCUUUUAUUACAGUUUAAGGAACCAACUGUUAUCGGAGAUGGAGCCACAAUAAUUGAGUAUAAAGUUGAAUACAAAAUAAAGGCUAAAAAGCAAGCAGAGGGGUGGCUGAAAUAUAAAUCAGGAAGGAAAGAAGAGACUUGUAUUAUUGAGGGACUAAAUUCAAUGACAUCCUACAUAAUACGUGUGUCGGCCAUAUGUGGUGAUUCUGGGGACAGUGCUCCCAGUGAUGAGAUUGUAGUUAUGACAACAAUAGAGAAAUCAUCUAAUCUUAAACAUGAACUCACUCAAGAAAGUAGUUUGCUAACAAAGGGAAUAGAAAGGGGGAAACCUUCUGUAUAUCAGCUGAUAAUGGAUUUUUGUGGCUCUCGAUAUCGUAAGUACAACUUGGGAAAAGAAAACCUUCAGAUAUCCAAUAAAGUCAUUCUUUUAGUAGGAGCUACAGGAACAGGAAAAACAACCCUGAUCAAUGGGAUGGCCAACUACAUCUUGGGUGUGGAAUGGAAAGACGACUUUAGGUUCAAACUUGUACAUGAGGUAACAGGCAAAUCUCAAGCUCACAGUCAAACCUCUGUAGUUACAGCCUACAAGAUAAACCAUGAUAGUAGAUACCAAAUCCCUUAUUCCCUCACCAUGAUAGACACACCAGGGUUUGGAGACACACGAGGAAUAGGACAGGACAAGAAGAUCACAGAGGACAUCCAUGCAUUCUUUACAGCGGACAAUGACAUUGAUCAGAUAGAUGCUGUGUGCUUUGUCAUUAAAGCUUCUUCAGCUCGGUUGACAUCCACUCAGAAAUAUAUUUUUCAUGCUAUAUUUUCUAUCUUUGGGAAAGAUAUCAGAGACAACGUACUUAUUCUUAUCAACUUCUCAGAUAGUGCACAACCACCAGUAUUAGAGGCUAUUAAAGCUGCUGACAUCCCCUGUCCUGUGAACAAUGAUGGUAACCCUGUUCACUUUAAGUUCAAUAAUUCAGCUCUGUUUGCAAACAAUCAGGCCAGUGACAUGAAUUUUAAUGAAAUGUACUGGAAAAUGGGGGUGUACAAUAUGAAAACCUUCUUUAGUCAUCUGAGUAAAAUAGAACCAAAAAGUCUGAAGUUGACUAGGGAAGUCCUCAUGGAAAGGAAAUUGCUUGAGAUUACUGUGCAGGCCUUACAGCCACAAAUAAAGGCUGGACUAAUGAAACUGGAUGAAAUAAGGAAAACAGAGGAAGUUCUGCAGUGGAAUAAGGACCGUAUGGCAGAAAAUAAAAACUUUGAGUAUGAGGUCACCACAACUGUUCCAGUACAAAGAGACAUAACAGGCAGCUUUAUAACCAACUGCCAGCAAUGUCACUUUACCUGUCACUAUCCCUGUCAGAUUGCUGAUGACAAUCAGAAAGCAAAAUGUGCCGCUAUGUGUAAUGAAAUUUGUACACAAUGCCCAGGUAAAUGUGUCUGGAAUGUUCAUUUCAAUCAAAAGUAUAAGUGGGAGUAUGUGACUAAAAAAGAGAGAAGAACCUACAAUCAGCUGAAACAAAAAUAUGAAGCAGCUUCUGGAGAUGUGAUUACUAUACAAAGGUGGACCAAUAAACUUAGCACGGAGUAUCGUAUUGUGAAAGAAACAGUGUAUGGUCUUAUUAAUAAAUCAUCACAGAGUCUGAAGCGCCUCCGUGAAAUUGCGCUGAAACCAAACCCUCUCUCAACUACCGAAUACAUUGACCUAAUGAUACAAAGCGAAGAACAAGAAGCCAAACCAGGAUAUCAGGAAAGAAUCAAGUCACUGACAGAGGUCAGGCAGACGGCGGCCAUAUUAGAGAAGAUUCAGAAGGAAGAAGAGCUGCUGCCUAAACAACACUAAAACAACCCUAUGUUCUUCUGAAUGUUAAAGACUGUGAUGUUUCCAUAACAUGUUACAUCAUAAUUCAGGAGGUCUCUUCUCCACUUCCCAUAUAAAUUUGUAUGCACACUUUCAUCCUUCACUUAAUAUAGAAUUGGGAACUAUGCGUUGAUAAAGUGGACUCUGCUGACAUUUCAAUUAAAGCAAUUCUGUCUGUAAAAAUUAACUAAAAUAAACAAUAAGUCUCCAUCUCAUAUGCUGAAAGGCAUCAAAAAAUAUUGCAUAGGUCCUACUUUUGCCCUGAAAUGGAAGUUUCUUGUAGGUGUUGCACUGAAUUUUAAUUGAUAUAAAUGUGGAGCACCCGAAGAAGCUAUAGAUAAAUCUCCAGGAAUACAUAAACCACAUGUUAAAACUUGAGUUCACAAUUGAUAAAACUUGGGCUUUUUGGGGCCUUUAUACUAAGUAGGCUCCUGUAUAACAUCCAAAGGUAACCAAGGUAACCGCACUCUGCUUGUGAAACUGGCAGUGGCUACAAAAUAAAAACAUACUGCCUGGGAUAUAAUAAAGUCUGAAUUCGGCAGCCGUGCACGAUGCCGGCCGAACUCAGAAGUUUAUUUUAAAGGGGCAAUCAUUUAAAGGCAUGUUUUAGCGUUGCAAAAUGAGUGUUCCUAUACAAAAACUCAGCAGAGUUCAGCUGGCAUCCCACACGGCCACCAAAUUCGGACUACAUUUCCGCUGAACCUGUGUCAAUAGCUUUGUAUUAUCCUAGAAUUUCUCUCUUGUUUUUCAGGAUUG